AAUGGGUUAAUGUAAAUGUGCUACAUAAUGUUGUUAAAAGGAUGAAUUAACCUCAUAAAAAAUAUCUACUAGAUCUAUUUAAGUUUCCAUCAAACAUCACAAAUUAUAGAAGGAUUAGACUUCUGAUAAAAUUGAUGCCCUUAUUUAAGAUGACUUAGACUCAUCCAUUAUGAAAAAUUCAAUGAAUAGCAAAGUCUCCAUUCAAGAAAUUUCAAAAAAUUUAGUUUCAACCCAAUAACCAAUACCCUAAUAAGUUAUUGAUACUAUUUAAACUAAUGAACGUAAAUUACUUCCAGUAUUAUUCUUAUUUAAUUAGAUUAUGUUAAUGCCAAAUGGAACCAAAUAUGAAGGAUAAUGGCUCAAUGGUAUGAGAGAUGGCUAUGGAAAGUAGAUAUGGCCAGAUGGAUCAAUUUAUGAAGGUUAAUGGAAACAAGAUAAAUCAAAUGGAUAAGUAAGUCAAAUUUAAUAUGAAGGGAAAAUUGAUUCAUGCUGAUGGAGAUAUCUAUGAUGGAGAAUGGGUUGAUGAUGCAGCUUGUGGUAAAGGAACUUAUGUACAUUUUAAUGGAGCCAGAUAUGAAGGUGAAUGGCUUAACGAUAAUUAACAUGGAUAUGGUAUUGAAGUAUGGCCUGAUGGAGCAAAGUAUGAAGGUCAGUAUUAAUAUGGUAAAAAGAAUGGAAAAGGAUAAUUAACCUUUGUUGAUUGUGCUUGUUAUGAAGGUAAAUUUAAUUAGAAAUAAAUUAGGUAAUUUCAUUGACAAUGAAAUUUCUGGUUUUGGUGUUUAUAAAUGGACAGAUGGAAGGGAAUAUAUUGGUUAUUGGUUAGAUAACAAAAUGCAUGGAGAAGGCACUCUAAAAUGGCCAGAUGGAAAAUGUUACAAAGGAGUAUCUUAAUUAAUUAUUUAAGAAUUAUUAAUAAGAUAAAAAAUAAGGUAGAGGUGUAUUCUAUUUUGGUGAUGGUAGAAAAUAUGCAGGUACUUGGAUUAAUGGUAAAUAAUGUGGUAUUGGAUUAUAUUAUCAGAAUCAAAGUUAAUAUAAAAUAGGUGUAUGGCAUAAUGGAUAAAGAACUAAAUGGCUUAAAGAUGAAGAAGUAGAAAGUCAUAAAGAUCAAAUUGCUCAGCUCUUAUAAUUAUGA